GACAAUCGUCACGGAAUUCCCCAGCACGAGCGUAGGGCUCACCUAGCCAAGCUGCGCAACUACCUGCAGAACGUCGCUUUACACCACGAAACUCAUCUGCUCUGGCUCGACGCAGACGUAUACAAGUUCUCCUCAAAGAACAUGGUCGAGGCCAUGAUGCAGAAGACCACGCUCGCACCGGACCGGGAUGUCGGUGUCCUCACGGCGCGUUGCGCCGUGGGUGAGCAGAGGCUGGCCAACGCAUGGCUGGAAGAGCAUCCCGAGUUCAGCAUUCCCGAUGGGCCGGGCCCUGACGAUAAUGCAGAGCAGAAGAGCCUAAAAGAGGAGAUGAGAGGGAAGCAGGGCGGUCGGUACGAGAUCAUUGCCCACAAGCUGUCGGCGGUGGGCACCUAUGACCUCAACGCCUGGAGGGGAGGGCGCAAUGCUCCCAACGAUGUACAGCAGCAGAAGCUUUGGGUGGACAAGGCGAGCUGGGAGCCGAGUCCCGCGGCAGGAGUCAAGAUGGUGGACGCAGCCAUCGAUGGGACGUCGGACGACGACUUGGUGAGGCUGGACGCGGUCGGCGGUACGGUCCUGAUGAUCCGCGCCGACCUCGUGAGGAUGGGGCUCAUGUUUACUCCGGGCUACUUUGUAGGGAUGACGUGGGAACAUGGAGAGGGAUAUGAUGGAAUCGAGACCGAGGGCCUCUGUGUCGUCACGAGAAGCUUCUCUCGCGACGGACAGUCGACCUGCUAUACCAUGGGAGGUGACUGGGCGGUCUAUCAUACGAUCUGGUGAGACGCGAGCCUGGCGCCUCUCCUCCUUAGCCAGACCAUCCAAUUUCGCCCUGGGACAACUUUAAACCAGCAUGGAAAUCAUUUUUACCUUUUCGCAGUUUGAGAAAGAAAUCAACCUUGAAUACUUUGCUG